AUGAGAAAGGUGACUGACCAGAGUGGUUCCUACAGGCCUGUAAACAUCCAGGGAAGUAAGAUCAGUUACCAAAGCACUUGUCAAGGAAGCCCUGAAAUGGGGAUGAAAAGAUUACAGAAGCGAUUUCUCCACAAGGAUGGCAGCUGCAAUGUGUACUUCAAACACAUCUUUGGGGAAUGGGAGAGCUACGUAGUGGACAUAUUUACCACACUGGUGGACAUCAAGUGGCGCCACAUGUUUGUGAUAUUCUCAUUGUCAUACGUACUUUCGUGGUUGUUCUUUGGACUAGUCUUCUGGCUGAUUGCAGUCCAACAUGGGGAUUUAUUCAAUGAUGAAGAAAUAACCCCCUGUGUUGCAAAUGUCCAUAGCUUCACAGGAGCAUUCCUAUUCUCCCUUGAAACCCAAACGACCAUCGGUUACGGUUACCGCUGUGUAACAGAAGAGUGCUCUGUUGCGAUCCUCAUGGUCAUCCUACAGUCAGUAUUAAGCUGCAUUAUUGACACCUUCAUAAUCGGAGCAGCUUUGGCUAAAAUGGCCACAGCUCGAAAAAGGGCUCAAACGAUUCGUUUCAGUUACUAUGCUGUAGUCGGCUUAAGGGACGAUAAAUUUUGCCUCAUGUGGCGCAUUGGUGAUUUCCGGCCAAACCACAUGGUUGAGGGCUCGGUACGAGCUCAGCUCCUGCGCUACAAGGAAGACAAGGAGGGGAGAAUGACGAUGGAAUACAAAGACUUGAAGUUGCUAAAUGACCAGAUCAUACUUGUUACACCAGUGACAGUCGUACAUGAAAUCGAUAGUGAGAGCCCCUUGUAUGGACUGGACCGGAAAGCUCUGGCCAAGGACAACUUUGAAAUCCUGGUCACAUUUGUCUACACAGGUGAUUCAACAGGAACUUCACAUCAGUCAAGAAGCUCCUAUGUCCCCAGAGAGAUUCUUUGGGGCCAUAGGUUUAACGAUGUCUUACAUGUAAAGAAAAAAUACUAUAAGGUGGAUUGCUUACAGUUUGAAGAAACCACAGAAGUUUAUGCUCCUCACUGCAGUGCCAUGCAACUGGAUCGGAAGGAGCAGGUGCCACAGGAAAAAGCAGCAGAGACAUCAGCACUGGAGAUCAAGUCAUUCAGUACUAACCAAAAGUCUUUCAGUGCAGUUGCCCUCAUCACCAGUUGUGAAGAUCCAGAAGACCCAGUGACAACCGUCAAUCAGCCUUCAGGAGAGAUUUCUUACCGGAAAGCAGCUGUGACCUUCAGCACGCUAUCAAUAGAGUCCCAGAUCUAG